AUUUACAACUUGUUUCACUCCAAAGCAAAAAAGUUCACUAUGGAGGCAGUGGCUAAGACAGAUGAACGAAUAUGAAUGGGAGAUACCUUUUUAGAGAAGAAACUUUGGGACUGUCUCUCAGCCUGCUUCGAGGAAGACUGGCAAUAAGACUAAGAAUGCCUGUAUUUUCCUGGCCUUUGGCAAGCAUUUUGGUCAUUGUAGGGGAGACAGUAGCUGAUGACCUGAGAGUUAACAAAUAGCGGAAAGGCAAGAACCAAGUUUGCAUUCUACUCCAAAUUGGAAUACUCAUUAUGAUGUCAUGUGAGGUCACUACAUUGCAAGCUGUGGAUCUUUGACUGAAAGGAGGCAUGGGGUGGUGGGGUGAUGGAGCUGAUCCUGGGGCCUGGCCCGCCCCUGCCACCACCUUUCAGCCUUUUUCUAUUACUUGGUCUUCUUGUCAUUGGAGUCUGGUCAUUGCUACCUGGGGAUCAAAGGUGGGAGCUGUUGCCAGCCAAGAUCAAUGAGACUUCAAGGCAGCAAAAAGUACCAGGGAACCAAAAACUCAGAAAAGUUCCAUCUCCACGUUGGGAGGACAAUCUUCAGAUGGGAUGUACAGGAGCUGACCUGGCCCGUUUUUCAGGGCUCCCUGUGGGCUGGGCCCAAAAUUAUACUCUCCGGUCAAUGGAUAAGAACCUCCAGCAUAUUUACCAGUGCCUGGACAUAGCAAGAUCCAGCCUCAUGAACUUGUCCUCGUCUUCACAAGAGACCUCAACUUCUUCCUCCAGCUCUUCUACUACUGGGCCUGAGGACUUACAAACCCUGACAUGCUAUCAGUGCCACAGCCCAGGGUUUUCUAGAGUCCAGAGAACUUCUUCACUUCACACCAAUCUCAGUGCAACUCAAUCCCUUGCCUAUAUUUUUAGAGAGAACCUACGACACCAGAGCCAUAGUCUACCUAAUCCCUCCAAAAAUUAUUCUGGACAAGCACGGGUGCUCUCUCUGCCUCCUUUCCUGCUUCCUCAAGCUAAAAAAGAUAACACAGGGAAGAAUAUCUUUUUGGAAAACUGUACCUGUAACUUCAUUCAAAGGCUCUAUGAGACCAAAGCAUCGAAGGAAGAGAAUGACAGCUGGGUCCCCAAAGAGAUCAGGAAUUCCUUGGAGAUCCACAUAAGGAGAAAGAUUGCCCAACGUUUGACACGUCCUCCAAUUUUCAGAACCAUAAAGCUUUCUGUAAGUCCAUAUCCUUUGGCCUAUACUCCUAUCCGAAAGAAGAAGACAACAAAAAAGAGGGAAGGAAAUAGAGUUCUUAAAGAUUCAAAUCGUCCUCCACCUACAAAUCUUUGUGAGAGACCCCGGCUCCCAUGCUGGGCUCCAAUUCAACUUUCACAUUCAGCCCGGUGGGUGCUAGAGGGGCACAUGGCCUGGAAAGUGUGUACACUGAGGGCCCGGAGGGUACCCACAGCUGUGAAGCAGUCAUGGGCAAUGCUGAACCAUGUCAUUAAAGUGCAGAAUGAAGGCCAUAAACCUCAAAACACUGUAAAGGAUACCAACAAAAAAUCUCCAUAUGUUUCAUGUUGUCUACUUUCCAUGGAUUUGGAAAUUGACCAGAUAAGACCAACAACUCCAAAAUCAUCGCAAGCAGACAGCCAGCUCCAGCUAAGACCCCCAUUUGUUACACAGAAUGCCUUUUCCUCAGGAGUGGAUGUCAUCCUAAGGGAAACCACCUUUCUGAAAGAGGAUGUGAAAAAGAGGUUGGAACUUUGUAUUAAGAAGAAAGUCAAUGGUCUUCUAAAGAAGGCCAUAGGGCAACAAAAGGAGGCCCCAAAGAAGAAUGAAGAAUUGAGCACUGGGGUAGGCACUAUGAGAUUGCCUCAAACUGUGGGAUCUGAGCCAUUGAGCCCAACGCCCCAGGUUCAAGUCAAAGAUUCUAAAGGAUUGACUCCAGAGUCACAUGGUCAAACUACAGAUUCUUUGGGGCUGAACUCAGGGCCACAGGUUCAAAAGCCACAGAUUCAAGAUACUGAUGAGAUGGAGCUAACUCCAGUGCCACAGAAGCAAGAUGUAGAUUCUUUGGAGCUCAAAGGUUCAAGUUCAAAGGUUCAAGAUAUGGAUUCUGUAGCAACAACUCCUGCGCCAGUGAAAUAUGAUGCACAUUUCGUGGAGCUGAAUCUAGGAUCACCAGUUCAAGAUACGGAUUCCAUGGGGCCAACCCCAGGGCGACAGAUUAAAAAUGUGGAUUCUGGAGGGCUGAUCCUAGGGUCACAGGUCAAACCAACAGAUUCCAAGGGGCUAAUACCAAGAUCACAGGUCAAACUCUCAGACUCCAAGGAGCUGACCUCAGGGUCACAGGUCAAACGAACAGAUUUCAAGGGGCUGACCCCAAGAUCACAGGUCAAACUCACAGAUUCUAAGGAGCUGACCUCAGGGUCACAGGUCAAACUCACAGAUUUCAAGGGCCUAAUCCCAGGGUCACAGGUCAAACUCACAGAUUCCAAGGGGCUGAUCCCAGGGUCACAGUUCAAAUCCACAGAUUCCAAGGAAAUGAUCCCAGGGUCACAGGUCAAACUCACUGAUUCCAAGGAGAUGAUCCCAGAGUCACAGGUCAAACUCACAGAUUCCAAGGGGCUGAUCCCAGGGUCACAGUUCAAAUUCACAGAUUCCAAAGGGCUGAUCCCAGGGACAAAAGUCAAACUCACAGAUUCCAAGGGGCUGAUCCCAGGGUCAGAGGUCAAACUGACAGAUUCUAAGCAGCUGAUUCCAGGGUUACAGUUCAAACUCACAGAUUCCAAGGGGCUAGCCCAAGGGUCACAGGUCAAAUUCACAGAUUCCAAGGAGGUGAUCUCAGGGUCACAGGUAAAACUCACAGAUUCCAAGGGGCUGGCCCAGGGGUCACAGGUCAAAGUUAUAGAUUCCAAGGGGCUGAUCCCAGACACACAGGUCAAACUCACAAAUUCCAAGGGGCUGGCCAAGGGAUCACAGGUCAAACUCACAGGUUCCAAAGGGCUGAUCCCAGAGUCACAGGUCAAACUCACAGAUUCCAAGGGGCUGAUCCCAGAGUCACAGGUCAAACUCAGAGAUUCCAAGGGGCUGGCCCAGGGGUCACAGGUCAAAGUCAUAGAUUCUAAGGGGCUGAUCCCAGAGUCACAGCUCAAACUCACAGAUUCCAAGGGGCUGACCCAGAGGUCACAGGUCAAACUCACAGACUCCAAGGGGCUGGCCCAAGAGUUGCAGGUCAAACUCAGAGAUUCCAAGGGGCUGAUCCCAGAGUCACAGGUCAAAGUCACAGAUUCCAAGGGGCUAGCCCAAGGGUCACAGGUCAAAAUCACAGAUUCUAAGGGGCUGGCCCAGGGGUCACAGGUCAAACUCAGAGAUUCCAAGGGGUUGGCCCAGGGGUCACAGGUCAAAGUCAAAGAUUCCAAGGGGCUGGCCCAGGGGUCACAGGUCAAAGUCAAAGAUUCCAAGGGGCUGGCCCAGGGGUCACAGGUCAAAGUCACAGAUUCCAAGAGACUAAUCCUAGAGUCACAGGUCAAACUCUCAGACUCCAAGGGGCUAGCCCAGGAGUCACAGGUCAAACUCACAGAUUCCAAGGAGCUGAUCCCAGAGUCACAGGUCAAACUCACAGACUCCAAGGGGCUAGCCCAGGAGUCACAGGUCAAACUCACAGAUUCCAAGGACCUGAUCCCAGAGUCACAGGUCAAACUCACAGACUCCAAGGGGUUGGCCCAGAGAUCACAGGUCAAACUCACAGAUUCCAAGGGGCUAAUCCCAGAGUCACAGGUCAAACUCACAGAUGCCAAGGAGCAUGCCCUGGGGUCACAGGUCAAAUUCACAGAUUCCAAGGGGCUGAUCUCAGAGUCACAGGUCAAAUCCACAGAUUCCAAAGGGCUGAUCCCUGGGUCACAGGUCAAACUCACAGAUCCUAAGGGGCUGAUCCCAGAGUCACAGGUCAAACUCACACAUUCCAAGGGGCUGGCCCAGGGGUCGCAGAUCAAAUUCACAGAUUCCAAGGGGCUGGCCCAGAAGUCACAGGUCAAACUCACAGAUCCUAAGGGGCUGAUCCCAGAGUCACAGGCCAAACUCACGGACUCCAAGGGGCUGGCCCAGGGGUCGCAGAUCAAAUUCACAGAUUCCAAGGGGCUGGCCCAGGAGUCACAGGUCAAACUCACAGAUCCUAAGGGGCUAAUCCCAGAGUCACAUGUCAAACUCACACAUUCCAAGGGUGUGGUCCUGGGGUCACAGGUCAAACUCAGAGAUUCCAAGGGGCUGAUCCCAGAGUCACAGGUCAAACCCACAGAUUCCAAGGGGCUGAUUCCAGGGUCACAGGUCAAACUCACAGAUUCCAAGAGGGUAGUCCUGGGGUCACAGGUCAAACUCAGAGAUUCCAAGGGGCUGAUCCCAGAGUCACAGGUCAAACCCACAGAUUCCAAGGGGCUGAUUCCAGGGUCACAGGUCAAACUCACAAAUUCCAAGGGGGUGGCCCAGGGGUCACAGGUCAAACUCACAGAUUCCAAGGGGCUUGCCCUGGGGUCACAGGUCAAACUCACAGAUUCCAAGAGGCUGAUCCCUGGGUCACAGGUCAAACUUACAGAUUCCAAGGGGCUAGCCCAGGGGUCACAGGUCAAACCUACAGAUUCCAAGGGGCUGGCCCAGGGGUCACAGAUCAAACUCAGAGAUUCCAAGGGGCUGAUCCCAGAGUCACAGGUCAAACUCACACAUUCCAAGGGGUUGGCCCAGGGGUUACAGGUCAAAGUCACAGAUUCCAACAGGCUGGCCCAGGGGUCACAAGUUAAACUCACAGAUUCCAAGAGGUUGAUCCCUGGGUCACAGGUCAAACUCACAAAUUCCCAGGGGCUGGCCCAGGAGUCACAGGUCAAACUCACAGAUUCCAAGGGGCUGGCCCAGGGGUCACAGAUUAAAUUCAAAGAUUCUAAGGUGCUGAGCCUAAAUCCACAUGUUCAAGUCAUAGAUUCUUUAGAGCUGACCCCAUUGCCACAAACUGAAGUUGUAGACUCUGUGGAAUUGACCUCAAAGCCUAAGUUUCAAGUCACAGAUCCUAAGCAACUGUCUCCAGAGUUGCAGUCACCAACUGGGGAGUCUUUCUAUCUCAUCCAGGGCUCCACACCUCUAUACAUUUUAGGUUCUAGUAGGAUUGCCGCUAAGCUGAAACAAGGCCUUCAUGGCUCUAACACACAGGAAAUUCUGAGAUCAAUGUUAGGAGACUUGAAUGAGAAUAUAGUCAUUCUAAAGCCCUUUAUUUUAAGAAGGCCUAGCAAAUUUUCCCAGACGGCACAACCUUCCUCUCUUCCUAGGCCUCUUUCUGUACAGCCCUCACAUUCCUUACAGCAAUGGGAGCGGAGUCUUCAGUGCCUAUUCCAUGAUCCUUCACUCCCACCUUCGAAAUCAGAGAAUAGUUUCUCCCAAAAAAGAUUAAGGACCCCGAGAGCUCUAAAACAGUCUGUUUCAAACAGGCAAGUGAAGGCUCAGGAGCAGCAAAUUUCAAAGGGAAGAGUGGCAAAGAGAAAAUCAUCCUCUAGUACUUCCACGCUAAGGAAGAACUUGGGGGCUAAGAUGCGGCAAGCACAUGAUAUCCAGGAGGCCCAUGUCCAAAGACCACCUCCAAUUCCCUCUCCAUAUGCCCCAAAUGGGCAUUUUGUUCUACCAAGACAAACAAUGGUUUCUCAGAGCUAUCAAGGGAAGAUUAUUGAUAUCCUAUGCCAACUCUGUAGGAAGAAUUUGCCCUUCAAAAAACAGCUAGAGGAUUCUAGGCCCAGUACAUCUCGGGACUCUCCUAACCUGACCACAAAAGAAGCCCAAGGCAGCCAUGAACCUAUGGAGGAAAGGAAGGAAAGGGAACAAGUCCCCUCAGAGUUAAGUGAGUUACCUCUGAGUACAAGUACACAACUGCCUUCCUCCCACAAGAUACCUAGUACUGAGCAGAACCCUGUUUCAGUGGAGCAGAAUGAAACACCAGACGCCAGCUCACAGAUAAGAACUUCUGAAUCUCAGCCUAUACCUCUGUCAAUAACUUCUUCCCAUGAACAGACCCAGCUACUACAGGACCUGCAGCUGAAAAUAACAGAAGAGCUCCUAAAGAAUCAACUGUCUCCCCAUUUCACUCCAUCCCAAACUACAGGUAUGGUUCUACAGUACCCUAUCUGUCUGCAGUGUGGCAGAUGUUCAGGCCCCAGUUGCCCCCACAAGUUCCAUGACUCUGUUGGGCCUUGGCUUGUUAUCUAUCCACAGCUCCGCCUUUUUCGUAACUCUGAGGGACAUGGGGAGUUUCGGGUUCACCUUGGCUUUAGGUUGAGAACCCGAAGCCAAACCCAAACUCCAAAGCAGCAAAGAGAAGUAGGGCCUUUGGUGUCAAUGGGACAUGCACCAUCACAGUCUGACCCAUCAGAGAAGAGAAAGGACAAAGUCUGUACCUGUCAUGUCACAAAGAAAAAUUUUACUCUAUGCCCCUGCCCUAAUACAGAUUUAGGACCUAAGCCUUUCCAAAAUCCUGAGCGUUCCCAAAACCCUGAACCUAUUCAAGUUCAUAUCAAAAGAAAUUUACCUGGCAGGCGAGUAGAGGUUGCAAAAGCAGAAAGUGGAGAGCCUGAGCAAUAUGACUUUACAAUACAUUCUUUACUGGACACUGAUAUCAAAGAUAGCUGGGCUAGCAGUGAAGCUAAACGGAUCCUUGACUUAGAACAAGUGAAGACCCCCAAGGAGAACAGAACUAAAACUCAGAAAAUUGAAAGAGUGCCGAGAAAGAGCACCCCCAAGGAUAGAAAGAUACAACCAGAGGAAAGGACUAUGGAGGCCCAGGAAGUAGCUCCUCCAAGCACUCAUUCUGAGAAGUCCACAGGACUUAUGCAAUGGCUCUGCCUCAGUAUAAAGAGAGCGCUUGGUAUGGCUUAUCCACCAAAGCCUUCAUUCCAACAGAUGCAUGCUCCUAGGGCAAGGCCAUCCAGGCAACAAGGCUCAGUUUUCCUUGAACAAUCUCAUGUACAACAUGGUUCCAAAAAUGAGGGGAAGCAGUGGGUCAAGCCUCUGAAUACAACUAAAAUGGAAAGGAAGCCAGAGAGAGAUGGCAAGGAAACAGAAGCAUUCAAACCACUUAAUAGGGCUCCAAAGAAUAAGACGAUUAACCCAUCUAGAUCAUUUCUUGACUCCACACCCAAAUCUAGACCAUCCCACAGGUCCACAUCCCCAGUUCCAAAGUGCUGCGAUGGAUCUAUAAAAAAAUCUGACAAAACUGAACAAACUAGCCAGAGGCACAAAGGCAUUCUAGGAGGACCAGCGUCAAAACAGAAGAUUCAACAGCAAAAUGCUCAGCGUGGUGGGACAGGUAAGGUGUCUCAGAAUGUCAGGAUUUGAGAGCAGGCUCAGUUCCCAGCCCUGAGGCAAAGAAGAUUCAGGAGAGCUACAGAAGAAGAAUCUACUCCAAGUACUCAUUUUGUUCUUCUCCAUGCUAAUCUACUAGCUUUCCCUUCACUGCACUCCAUCACCCUACUUGCAUGAUCCCUAAGCAUGUGUCUAAGGAAAUUAUCUGCAGGGGGGGUCUGUAACUUCUCUCCAAUAAAAGAACUAAAUACAGAA